CAGCUUCCCUCCGUCCCGCACUCUCCGCACCCUCUCUUCCUCGCUCGGACCCCCUGCUCCAUCUCGUCUCGUCGCGGCCGUCCGUCUCGCGUCCAGGCUCUCGGCUCUCUCUCUCUCUCUCUUUUUUGCUUCGUCUUCCUCGGCUCGUGCUUUCUCUUGCACGCGUGCCUCUGUCACCCUCGCAUCGUUCUGCCGCGUCGAACUCGAGGUGUCUCGCACGCGCACACGCGUCAUCGCUCCUCCGUCCAGCGCAAGCGGCAAGGCUGCGGCACGGCAGCGAAGCUGCACCUGCUCCUCUGUCUGCCUCCUCUCUCCUCCACCACACCCGAUCCUGGCCCCUCCCCACCCUCGCGCGCGCGGCGGAGGCGCGCCCUGAUCUCCUCGCGGCGCGCACAUGGCGUCCGAGUACCCGGCGAGCGCGCUGCUCGGCAACGCCUCGGUGCCGCUGCCGCUCGUGCGCACCGGCGUGCUCUUCAUCAUCGUCUACUCGACAUGCACGGCGCUGCUCUUCCUGCUGCUGGCCACGGUGCUGCGCCGCCACUCCUUUGGCGAGGCCAGCCCGGCCGAGCGGCGCGCGCGCCUGCCCAUGCUGGCAGUCUUGAGUCUCAGCAUGGUGCUAGGGUUACUAGGCAGCAUCUUGAACACUGUCUUUUGGGCAACGCUCCUGCUGCGCGACCGCGAGCAGAGCACGAUGCGCGCCGCGCCGUACUGGUGCGCCACGACGUCCUUUCUCUUCAUCACGCCGCUCGUGGCGCACUGCGCGCUCGUGCUGCGCAUCGUCGCCUUCUACCCGCCGAUGCUGGCGGCAAGCGGCAAGCGCUGGGCAGUGGCGGCGUUCCCGACGCUGAUGAAGGUGGUGCGGAUACCGUUCAUCGUGCUCUACCUCGUCGCCGGCUACCGCUCCGUUGCGGCUACCGGCGCCGGUGGCUUUGACGAGGGCCUGGCGCGGCCAAUGGAGACCAAGUGGGCCGUCGCCUACUUUGCCCUCACGUUCCUCGACAACGCCUACACGACGCUCUUUCUCCUGCGCAAGUUCCACCAGCUCGGCUACGAGGCUGGCCUGCACGACAAUGCGCUGCUGGUGCGGCGGCGGACAUGGCUGGUGGACCAGGCCAAGCAGACGUGCCUGGCCAUCGGCUUCAGCCACAUCAUCCCGACGCUCUUCACGCUCGUCGUUGUCAUCUGCCUGGCGACGCCGGCCGUGGGCCGCACGCGCAACGGCUUCAUCCUGGUCGCCAAUGUCUUUGUCAGCGUGUUCGGCUCGACGCUGGCGUGCACCAACUCGAGCGCACGCUGGCGCGACGAUCGCUUCGCCAACGGCACGCCCGGCCCGCGCAACUCGGUGCCGCGGCGUGGCUCGUUCAGCGACAUCGAGGGCGGCCUGCUGGCGCGCGGCCGCACGUACAGCAUCCAGCAGCAGUCGCAGCAGCCGACGUCGCAGAGCAUGCUGCGCGACACGAGCUCCGUGUCGUGCAUGACGGCGCUCGACGAGCGCCGGCAGCGUCGCUGGCGUGCGCCGGCAGGCCGUCAGGUGCGCAUCGGGCCGGCGCAUGCCGAGGCUGCCGAGACGGCUCGGGCGUCUGGCGCCGCACCACGGCAGGCGCCGCUCUCUAGCCGCUCGCUGGCUCGGCAGCUCGCGGCCUACGCUGGGCCCGGCUCCGGUCUGGGCUUCUUCCGUGCGCCUGCGUCGUCUGGCGAGCCGGUCGCACCGCACCACCCCGUCUACACGCACGACACGGAGAAGACGCUCUCUGCCGGCAGCAGCUCCGGCAGCGCCCGCUCAGGCUGCGGCUCGGACAAGACGCCGGCGCCGUCGUCGGACGACGAGCGUCUUGCGCCGCUGAGCUGCGAGAUGACCGAGCUUGGCCGGCCGGCCUCGGCGAACCCUCCGUCGUCGCCCUUGCGCCAGACGCCGCCAUCGCGCCGGCUCAGCGCCUGGGCUCUUUUUGGCUCGCGCACCGGGCAAGCGAACGACGACGCCGCUGCCUCGCCGCGCACGCCGCACCCGCUCGCCACGCCCAUCAUGUCGCGCUCGCCGUCGGCGUCGCCAGACGUCUCCGAGGCGUGGCACAGCGCCGCACCCGACUUUGACCUCGAGGUCGACUUCCGCCGCAGCCGCUGAGCCCGCAUGCGCUGUGCACACCGUGCCACUCGCAUCGCUGGGCUCGUGAGCGCCGCCCACACAGUCUCUCUCUAUCAGCACCACUCUCGCACCCUCUCUUGGAUUCCGUUAGGUCUCGCUCUCGCACAACAUGUACCACCACCCACAUCCUUUCACUGGCGACUCGCAAUUGCACAUCUUGCAUCGG